AUGAACUGGGGGGUGUUCGAAGGGCUCCUCAGUGGGGUCAACAAGUACUCCACAGCCUUCGGCCGCAUCUGGCUCUCCCUCGUCUUCAUCUUCCGCCUGCUGGUCUACGUGGUGGCGGCCGAGCGGGGCUGGAGCGACGACCACAGGGGCAACCUGCCACUGCAUCUACCCCAACCCCGGCAAGAAGCGGGGGGGGCUGUGGUGGACCUACCUGCUCAGCCUUGUCUUCAAGGCCGGCGUGGACGUGGUCUUCCUCUACAUCUUCUACCACUUGUACAGGAACUACACCCUGCCCCGGGUGGUGAAGUGCGAGCUGCCCCCCUGCCCCAACGUGGUGGACUGCUUCAUCUAACCUGCCACUGCAUCUACCCCAACCCCGGCAAGAAGCGGGGGGGGCUGUGGUGGACCUACCUGCUCAGCCUUGUCUUCAAGGCCGGCGUGGACGUGGUCUUCCUCUACAUCUUCUACCACUUGUACAGGAACUACACCCUGCCCCGGGUGGUGAAGUGCGAGCUGCCCCCCUGCCCCAACGUGGUGGACUGCUUCAUCUCCCAGCCCACGGAGAAGAACAUCUUCACCCUCUUCAUGGUGGUUACCACCUGUGUCUGCGUUGUGUUGAGCCUCGUCGAGGCUGCCUACCUGAUCGGCAAGCGGUGCCGUGAGUGCCUUCUGGCCGGCGACCGGCGGCACAGCCAGGACUGCGCGCUCUCCCACGCCGAGCACGUGGGCAUGGAGGGGCAGGUUUUCCAUGGGGCAGACUACAAACCCCCCACGUCCUCCAGCCUCUCCAGCCCUGGCACGUUGCUCGAGGAGGAGGCUCUUCCCUAG